AUGGGGAAAGUCGACAAGAGCUGGGAGAAAACAGAAGAAUGGAUGCAGAAGCGUGCAAAGGCAAUAUGGGCGAAUCUUCAUACCAACCACCUCUGGCAGAGGAUGGUGAAAAACACUUUGGCAACGACCAUAGCUGUGAUCAUUGCUUUGGUUCCAGCUGUGGUUAGAGUAUAUGGUCCAGCGACCUACCUGCUUCCAAUCACAACCGUAUUCGGACACCCUGGACGACGAUUUGGAAUGAUGUUUGAAGCUCUGGUGCUUGCAACAUGUGGUACUCUCAUUGGGCUCGGAUGGUCAUUGUUAGGUGUAUACCUUUCUAGUCUUAUUCUACAAGAAAACGCUCCGGCGGCAUAUACAAUUCGUGGAGUUUUUCUAGGAUUUGCUCUGAUUUUUCAUGGUUUCGUACGUUCGAGUACACCACGUCUUUUCAUUCUUACGGUAUUGGAAAUUAUCGUUUCUGUAGUCAGUUUGACUGGCACAUCUCGAGGUGUAACCACGGCUUCUGCAACUGUCAUUCUGUACCCAAUUUUGAGUGCAGUAGCACUUUUGAUCCUGGUGAACAUCUUGGUUUUUCCCGAGUUUUCUAGUAGUUUUCUAGGGACCACAACCAUUGAAACCCUCAAAGAAACGGUUGAUACCUUGCGAGACGCUGGUACUUACUUUGUAAGCGUCAUCGACGAUACACAGAAAGUUGAAGACGAAUCUCCCUCUCAAGAAGAUUCCGAAAACUCUGUUGAUACCAAAGAAAAGUCAGAGCCUGCAAAAACCGUUAUUCAUGAACCUGUUUUCAGAAAGGUCCUUCGUAUAUUUGGUUAUUCAAAGGUUGGGACGAAGAGUAAUGAUGGUUCUUCGAAGAAAGUCACACUCAAAUCGCUUACGGAUCGAAAAGCGAAACUUCGGGCCAAGCUUGGGGGUUGCAAAGCAGCUCAGCAAGAGUGCAAUUUUGAAUUGGCUUAUGCUGUACUCCCACCAGAGCUCUUGAAGCCUAUAAGUGUCACAGCAAUGACUAAGCUCGUAGCAAACACUAUUGCACUCAUUGGCGCAUGUGAGAGUAAAUACGCCUUGAUGGGCGAUGAGAAUGACAAAAUUGAAUCGGACAUCACAGAGGCUGCUAAGGCUGCGGACGUAGAAAGCGAAAACUCAUCGUCUAAACAUUCCACCGAUGAGGAGGCAACUGAUAACGAACAUUCAAAGGAUAGGCGCCGUUCACCCAUUGAUGUUAAUGGCGGCAGAAAGUCAGAAAAGAACCAUGACGAAAAUGGGAAGAAGCAUCAUAAAGGCCUGAAGAGGAAGUCCACACUUCAGCAAGGUAAAGAGAAUCUCGAGCUCAUCAAACCUAAAAAGGAAAUUGAAUUUGGCGACGUCGAGCUCCUUCGAUAUCUGGUCGGUCGUAUCGCGGACCCCUUAAGAGAGCUACAAAAGACCAUCGAUGCAAGUGUUGGCGUCAUCACAUCGUGUUUAGCUUAUAGCUACGAUGUUCCCAAGCUGCCUCUUGGGGCUCCUACACCGGCUGGCAUACAGCUUCAGGAGAUAGAUAUAAGGAUUGAUGUAUUGACCGAUGCACUCACAGAGUUUGACAAAAAUUCUGCAGAAGCACUUCAGGGUGCUGCAUCAAUACGUGAUUUAGAGCACCUACAAGUCGAUGUCAUGCCCAGAAUGGAAACUUUCCUCAUCUCGUUGUUUCUGUUAAAUUUGAGACAAUCUGGUCUACAUACGUUAGAGAUGCUGCGGCACUCCCGAAUUGUCCUAGAAAGGCGUCAGGCCAGACACAAAUGGCGGCGUCUGUAUGCGCCACAAAUCAACUGGCGAAAAUGGCUUGCUUCUGGAGGAGAGGAAGACAUGCUCGCGCUGCCUGAUAACGCCCGAAAAGAGGUUCGAACUGGUAAAGUCAAUUCUGAUGAUGAAGACGGCUCGUCCUUCACGAGAAGUGAUGAUGGACUCCUGAGGAGGACUGAUCUAGAAUCAACCACUCCUCUAGAAGUCUCCGAGGAUUCUAGAAAUGGUGGUCCCAAACCUGACCGCAAGUUACAAAAGACUGCCCCAAAACCAAAACAACCAAAGAGCUUCAUCUCCCGGGCUCGUAACGGUUUAGCAGACAUUGUCGAGUAUCUGCAUGAUAGUGACGAUGUGAUAUACGCUAUCAAGCUCGCAGUUGCCGUUUAUCUGGUCACUUGGCCAGCCUUUGUUGCAAGCUGGAAUACAUGGUAUUCUUUGAACCGUGGGCUAUGGGCAGCAUUGCAAUUGGUACUUAUAACAGAAGUAGCUAUAGGGACGUCGGUAUGGACGUUUCUCUUGAGAGCUUUUGGCACCUCGCUAGGUUGUCUCUGGGGAUACGCAGCUUACCAGGCUGGCAGUGGGAACCACGUCGUUCUUGUGAUUCUUUUAGUCGUUGGCAUCAUCCCCUCCGCAUAUGUACAACUUGGAAGUCAGUACGUCAAAGCGGGUAUGGUAUCAAUCAUUUCCAUGUGUAUUGUCUGCCUCGCUACCACUUCUAGGACUGUCCCUGGUACGGCCACAGAAAACUACUUGAAGCGGUUCAUUGCAUUUCUUAUCGGUGGAGUUGUAGCUUUGAUAGUUCAAUUCACUUUCGUUCCCGUGAAGGCUCGGGAUAGACUGGUUGAGUCGUUGGCGGCAUCCAUUACUCAGAUCAUUGAGAUGGAGGCUUGUCUGGCGUAUGGUGUUGAGACAGUAAAUAAUGUCGACGUUCACUCAACAGCUGUGACAGAAAGAUUCGAUCAGGCAAAGGCAAAAGCUCAAGGUGCUCUUGCUGCUGCCGACACUUUCCUACCUUUCUGCGCAAAUGAGCCUCGCUUAAAGGGUUCAUUCAAAGGUCUCGCUCUCGUCUACGCAGAGAUAUCGUAUGUCCUACAUGCGAUUGUGGAUAGAAUGGAUAACAUGAUUCAUUUACGAUAUGAAUACGGAUCAGGAGUUUUGGAGGAGCUCAAUGCCCAAGUAUAUGCAUAUCGACGCAAUGUAGCAGGAGCUAUUACGAUCGUUCUUUUUGCAGUACAUGAGGCACUUACAACUAAGCUGCCCCUUCCUCAAUUCUUACCCUCUCCUCGGCUUUCUCAUCUUCGAAUGGUUAAUCGCGUGAGAGAGGUAGUGCUCGGAAAGCAAGCCGAAGUAACGCAAAACGGGGAAGACAUCUUACAGUCCGCCAUGGAAGUAUCGAUGGUCAAGCGUGUCAUCCGUCAAAAGUUUCUAUCAUGGAACGCGGCAAGUGCUGGACAAAUUGAAGUAAUCGAAUUCUUAGAAGAAUUAAUCGACCUGGCUAAACUUUUGGUUGGCGCGAACGAAUUCCGCAAUGGAAUGCUCACAAGACCAACAUAUCGAGAAUACAUCGAGCGCAUGGACAAAACCGAGCAAACAUGGCAGCAUCACACAGGUAAUGCUUCGCGGACGGGCGAAGCCGCUGAGAACGACGCAGACACGGAUAAGGACGAAGCAUUGGACAUCAUGCCAGAGCCAGCGACUCAACAAACUUCUCCUCCUCAACUAAGGAAAAGACCAACGUUUUCACGUAGAAUUAGUGCUAGCGAUGGGAAGAAACAGGAAACGGACGAGGAGAAGCUCGAGAAACAGAGACUGGCUAAUUGUGAAGAACUUCCGAGGUCAUUGCAGAGAGUGAGAUCACGAAGGAUUGAGGAGAUGAAUUUGCAGAGGUAUGGGAGUAAUGAGGAGGGGAAAGUGAAGAGCGAGAAGCGCCCGGAGUAA